AUGGAUAACGCCAACAUUCUGUUACCUGAUAUUAAAGAGGAAUCUUUAACAAAUACAGUUAAUAUACCCAACGAUAUAGACUAUGAUAUGAUAGUAGAUUCCGACCAAUUAUCUAAUCCUUCAGAUGCAAAUAAUCACGGAACUAUAAAUACUACGGCUCAGUUGACCAAUCCACUCAAUUCAACGCUUUUAACUUCAUCCACUAGUGUGACCCCGGCUGCUACCAUCAUCCAAAAUGAUACUAAUACCACCACAGAUGUUAUUAUAUCUGAUAGUACCGCUAUUUUACUUUCUUCUUCACCAUCCUUAUCUUCAAAAGUACCUGUAUUGAAUGAUGAUUUAGAGUUGUUACCACCUUUACCGAAUAAAGAUGAUUUAAAUGUGAAUAUGGAUCAUUCAACUCAACAUUCACAUCCAAACCAUUUAAAUUCUAAUGUAUUGGACAGUACAUCAAUAUCACCGAUUCCUAUUGCACAACGAUCAUUAGUAAUAUCACCACAACAGUUACUUCAACAGACGGAGCCAGCGAUGAAAAAUGAUCCAAUUUCAAAUGUUGAUAUCGUUGAAAGCAUUAAAAAUGAAGAAUUAAAUUUGAGCAGUGCAUUGAAUAUGGAUUUGAAUGAUACCACUCGUUUAUCUCAUUCUUCCUCAUUGAAAUCAGUUUUAAAAAACUCCACCUUAACAAGCCAAGACACUUUUAUACAAAACGAUGACCCACAACAACAACCAUAUAGACCAAUAAUAAAUUCUAUCACACCAAUUCAUUUAACUAAUACCCAUAUUCAAAUACCCAAAUCUGUAUCUAGAUCAAAUAGUUAUAGACGUAUUAGAGAUUCGUCAUUGUCUUCCACUUCCACUACUUCAGCUACUUCCUCACCUCUUUCACCAAUACCUACAUCUAAUGCUUCCUCUGUAAUUGCCGCUAAAACUAAUUCUCCAAAAUUUCCAUUAUUGAGAAAGGCUUCAUCCACACUUUUGAGAAGAGUUUCUACCAAGACUUCAAAUAAUAAUACAAGUACUAUUAAUAUUGAUAGUAAUAAUAGUAGUAAUGUACUCUCGUCAAACAAACCAACUGGUCAUAAUACUGCUACAAAUCCUUUGUUCCAAUCUAAUACCUUUGAACAUGACAGUUCGAAUACUAAGAAUAAUAUUAUUCUCCCUGUUUCUUCAACGCCCUCUCUUUCUUCAUCCUCUUCUUCUCUACAAUCUAAUAAUGAUAAAGCAACUUCCAAUCCUUCUAUACAGAAAAACAGACCAUCGUUUCGAUCAAGGAUUUCUUCAACUACACUUUCACUUACAACAUCACAUUCAAAUACACUACAAUCACAACAAUCUCCACUGCAAAGAAAUGGCUCUAUAUUAUCAAGAAAAUCUUCUUUGGGUUCUAAAAUGAAAUUAAAUAUCAUUAGAAUAAUAAGUGAUAGUAAUAAUAAUAGUAAUAACACGACUGCUCAUCAUAAAAUUUCUUCAAAAAAUCAUUCUUCAGAUAUUACAUUGCCUACUCAUCAUAAACAAACCAAAAUUAUAAAUGGAAAUACAAUAAUAACUUCAAGGAGGUCGUCAUCUACAGAUCCAUCACCUUCUACAAUUUCAUCAUUCCCAUCCUCCUAUAAGAAGAGUUCAAAUAAUUUGUCUAAUACUGUAUCGGUGGACUUACAGACUUUUGACAGCAACCAACCUAUCAUUAUUACUCUAGACGAUAAUCUACCUGAUAUAACCACAAUUUCAAAAGAAUCAAACGUCUCAAAAGAUAUACUUUCUAAAAAUGGUAAAGACCAGAUAUCUUUAAAGGAUUAUUAUUCACUAUUAAAGGAUAUGUCACAGCGAGAAGAAUCACAUCUCAAAUUUGUUGAAGAAAAAUUCAACCAAUCUGGCUGGUUUUCAAAUAAUGAAUUAAAUCAAUUGAAAAAAAAAAGGGUGAUAAUAAAUAGGUUAUGGAAAGAGAGAUUACAGGAAAGUGUGAUUUAA